AUGGCCCGGAAACGAAGCCGAAGACUUUCUAGACGCUUGCAUCAUCUUCAGCUCUUGUACAAGACAAAUCCCUUACUUGUACGCCGAUGCUCUCCGCGCAGACUAGGACAUAUCAGUAAGUUCUAUGCGCUUGUGCGUAUGCGUUCUCUCUGGAGGCUGUGCGAACGUCGCUUCCUCUUAGACACAAUGCGUUAUCUCUUAUCGGCGUGCGUGGCGUGGUGUCUCCUGAGCCUUUCCGCCGGAGGUCUUGUGUUCCCGUUCAACUGGCUCGUCCACUCGACCGCCCCUCUCUUCAAUCCUCCUGCUCCUCUCCCUGCCUUACUGGGCGUCGUCCCUCUCACCGGAGGCCAAAUCUUGCCUUCGAUCAUCGUUAGUCUGUUGGCUAUGAAGGGCGCUUUCAUCAUCGGCUACUUGAUCUACGAAGCUGCGGACUACAAGGACGUCAAGGAGUUCCGAUUCCCCCGCUCCGUCAGCGACCACGAGACGCUCCUGAUGUCCACCGUCAGCCAGUUGGACCAAAACAACUGCAUCCUCAAACUCCUCUGUCAGCUCCAGACAAAGACGGCAGAAACGCGGACGCCACAGGAAAAUGUCAUUGUAGAUCUCUUCUCUUACCACUUAGAUGCCUUCGCUCACGUGGCCAAUGCGUCCGUUUUCUCUCCCGUUCAUGAGGUCGAGAGCAACGCCCUUGAUGUAGGGAUGUGUGAUUCCUACUUCAGUAAGUGUCCUUUCGCGGAAGAGCAUCUGAGAGCUCUCCUGCAGUACGUAUGGAGCUGCGGACCCCCCACACUAUAGGGAGAAAAGACAAUUCGUUUUACUGUUUGUCUAGUCAGAUUUCUCGCUUUUUGGCCAGUAUAUAGUCUUGUCACCUUUUUGUUUCGUAUGUCAAGGUCUCUCCUAUUUAUUUGUUCCCGUUGAGUUUGCACUCAUGGGUAUUCUGUUCAUGAAGAUACCAGCAGUGUUUGGUUCAACAGAUACAAGAACAGAAUCUUGUCCUACGCAAGGGCAAUUUAUCAACAGAGUAAUUCAACAACGACUGCAACAUUUCUCAGGUUUCAUCCGAAUCCAACGCCAUCUUCUUCUUUUUAGAGGAGGAUUUUGCAGGCGUUACUUUCCUUCUUUAUUUGAAUGUAUUAUUUGCUGUGAAGAACAUUUUCCCACCAGAUUCAUAAUCUAUUUAUUUAUUUAUACACAUACGUCACCAGUUACUUCAGCAUUCACCUUUAUAAAUA